AUGGAUUUCUUGACAUUCAAUCAAUUUGCCGUGCUUCUCUGGAAAAAUUUUACCAUAAAGAGAAGGCAUUACAUUAAUUUAUUAUUUGAAGUCCUGACAGCAGUGGUGUUUCCAAUGCUGCUUUUGCUGUUCCGUUCACUUACUACUAUAUAUGUUGCUGGACCUCAGUAUUUUAAACCUGUACACGUCAGUGGUUUGCCUUCUUUCCUCCAAAAUCCUCAAGAGUGGGAAUUGAUUUACGUGCCUUCUAAUAUUAAUGUGGUAAAAGAGAUCAUUGAGAACAUGAAGAUGAAUUUAAACAUCAGUAUAAAAGUUAAAGGCUUUUAUUCAGAAAGUGAGUUUGAGAAGUAUGUGAAGUAUGACUAUAAAUCUCAAAAAGUGCUGGCUGCCAUUGUUUUUGACAAUGACUUCGAAAACAUCAAUGACUCUCUGCCACUUCAGGUAAAAUACCAUCUGCGUUUUGUUAGGAUACAAAGGACUAUCCAACAUCCAAACCCAUCAGGCUGGAAAACAUCCUUACUCUUUCCUAUUUACCCCUCUUCAGGACCCAGGAACCCAAAAGACCAUGACGGAGGGAGUCCUGGGUACAUCAGAGAAGGGUUCGUGGCUGUGCAGCAUGCCGUAGAUAAGGCCAUCAUGCUGUACCAUGGGGGCCGCGCUGCCCAGAAGCUGUUUGAUGGCAUCAGUGUUCUUAUACAGAGAUUUCCACAUCCAGCUUAUGCUGAAGACAGGUUAAUUAGGAUCCUUAGUGGCUUCUUCCCUUUGAUGUUCAUACUCAUGUUCUCUCCAACUGUACUUUCCACCAUUCGAACCCUUGUGUCGGAAAAAGAAAAAAGAUUGAAGGAGUACCAACUCAUAAUUGGACUUAGAAACUGGAUGAUCUGGGCUUCCUAUUUCCUCGUAGUCUUCUUUUUUUAUAUCAUUAUCAUCUUUUUGAUAUGUGUGUUAUUCUUUAUUUUCAAUGAGCCAAUUUUCCGCUACAGUGACUAUAGCUUCAUCUUUGUCUUUUUCAUGUGUUAUGCCAUUGCUUCAAUAUUCUUUGGCUUUAUGGUUAGCACAUUCUUCAGUAAAGUCCAUUUGGCUGCUUCUGCUGGAAGCCUCCUAUAUUUUGCCAGUUUCUUUCCAUUUAAAUCCAUUAUUGGUAAGUAUGGACAGAUAACCAUCACCAACAAGGUGGCUGCCUGUCUCAGCUCAAAUGUUGCACUGGCACUGGGGGUUAAUCUUCUGCUCAACUUAGAAAUAAAGGGAAUUGGUCUUAACUGGAAUAACCUUUGGACACCGGCCAGCCUUGAGGAUAACCUCAUAUUUGGCUAUAUGAUGGGGAUGCUUUUACUUGAUGCUUUCUUGUAUGGCCUUGUGACAUGGUAUGUAGAAGCUGUCUUUCCAGGACAAUAUGGUGUGUCCCAACCAUGGAAUUUUUUUCUUAUGCGUUCAUACUGGUAUGGCCCUCCAAGAAUUAGAAGGAAAGAGGAAGACAUGAAAGGCUAUGGAAGAACUCAAAGCAAAUAUUUUGAGGCUGAACCAACUGGUUUGGUGGCAAGUAUCCAGAUCAAACAUUUGCACAAGGAAUUUGGUGCCAACGUAGCAGUAAACAACAUGUCUUUGAAUUUAUAUAAAGGGCAGAUCACUAUUCUUCUUGGAGAAAAUGGGGCAGGAAAAACUGUCACCUUGUCUAUUCUCACAGGUAUGUAUUCAGCUCUGUCCAGAGCAGAAGUCUAUGUUAAUGGAUAUCCCAUCUCAAAGAACCUAACUGAUAUUCGAAAAAACUUUGGCUUCUGCCCACAGCAUGACUUACUGUUUAAUGACUUGACACUAUCAGAGCACCUUUAUUUCUACUUUAUGGUAAGGGGCAUCCCUUCAAAAAGAAAAUGUCAAGAGAUGUACCCUAUGGAAGCUGACCAUAUGCUGUCUACUUUUAACUUGCUAGAAAAGAGUAAUACAAUGUCAAAGUCACUGACUUCAGGAAUGAAGCGCAAACUCUCCGUCAUGAUAGCACUUAUAGUAGACUCUGAGGUGGUGAUGCUUGAUGAGCCCACAAUUAGCAUGGACCCCAUCUCACAAAGAGCCACCUGGGACCUCCUUCGGCAGUAUAAACAGGACCGCACCAUCUUAAUGACCACGCACCACAUGGAUGAAGCUGACAUCCUGGGUGACCGCAUUGCCAUCAUGGUGAAGGGAACUCUGCAGUGCUGUGGCUCUUCAGCCUUCCUGAAACAAAUAUAUGGUGCUACAUAUCGCAUAGUCAUGGAGAUUGACCCACAGUGUGAUGUUGAAAAGCUCUCUGCAGUGAUUCGGUCUCAUAUUCCACAUGCCACUUUGGAAGAGUGUACUGGAGCUGACUUAUCAUUUAUCCUACCCAAAAAGUAUAUACACAGAUUUGAAGCUCUGUUUAAUGAUCUGAAAGAGAAAAAGAGUGAGCUGGGCAUUACCAGCUUUGAUGCUUCCGUUACUACCAUGGAAGAAGUCUUUCAUAAUUCCCUCUAUGCUGUUCAAAGGUUUCCACUUUACCGCCAGCAAUUUUAUUGCAUGUUUGUAAAGAGAGCACUGUUCAGUUUGCGUAACUGGAAGCUGGUGUUACUACAGAUAUCAGUAAUUGUCGUUGUCACUACGUAUCUAUUAACAACUGCAAACUUACGUUCUGAGAUACCCGUCAGAGAAAUUGAUUUGAGUCAGUAUGGUCAAACAAUUGUGCCUUACUCAGUUUCAGGGAAAUCUGAUUUGGCUAUGAAUUUAAUAAAGAACCUUAAGAUUUUUCUAGCACUUGCGAACCAACAAUUGCAUGAAGUGCAAGGUCAUGUAACAAAUUACAUAUUGAGAAUUAAAAAGUUUAAUGACUUCUCCAUUAUUGCCUUUUCCAUUGACGUUGGGAAAAACAAAACAAUGUUGACUAUUUUGUUCAAUAAUGAGGCAUAUCAUUCAGCUACAACAUCUCUGGCAGUGUUAGACAACAUCCUCUUCAUGUCACUCUCUGGCCCCAGUGCUUCCAUUAAAGUCUCCAACAAUCCUCAGCCUCUCCCUCUUUAUGUUUCUCAUGCAGUGCCUAAAGAAGGAAGACAUGUAGUAUUACAUUUGGCAUUUGGCAUGGCUGUUGUAGUCGCUAGCUUUGGCCUCCAGACAGUGACUGAGAGAAUCACUAAGGCAAAGCACAUCCAGUUUGUGAGUGGGGUCUAUGUCCUCACCUACUGGCUUUCUGCUCUCCUGUGGGAUCUCAUCUACUACUUCAUUUCCUGCUGCCUACUGCUGGGAGUGUUCAAGUACUGCGAACUGGGUGCAUUUGUGGAAGACUACAACUUUCUGGACACAAUGCUGAUCUUUAUGCUGUAUGGUUGGGCUACUGUUCCUCUCAUGUACCUGGGAAGCUACCUGUUUUCUAGUAGCACUGCUGCCUACAUCAAACUCACCCUCUUUAACUACUUUUCAACUGUGUUCAGCAUCAUCGUUGAUACCAUAAUGCACCUCCUUGGCAAUGAAAUUUCUUACUUCACUAAAGUCUUCAUAAGUAAUGUGUUAGUGAUGCUUCCCAGUUACAACUUUGCAAUGAGUGUCAGGAAAUUCAUUGAUGACUAUGAAGUAAAAAGACUGUGUACCCAAGAAAUUCAAAACGUCUAUGUGGACUGCAGGAAAAAAUUGACUAAUAACAGUGUCUAUAAUUUUGGAGAGAAUGGGAUUGCAAAGUUUUUGAUUUCGUUGGCUGUCCUGGGCUUAUUUUAUCUCCUCUUGCUUUUUUGUCUGGAGACUACAUCCUGGAGAUUGCAAAACUUUCUCUUUCAAAAAAUUGUGUCUAAUGUGUACAACAUAUUCAUGAAAGGCAAGAAGGCUAAAGAGUCCAUGCAUGAAAUCAACGAAUAUGUGGAUGAAAAUGUAGAAAAUGAAAGGAAGAAAGUCUUGGCACAGUCUCCUAAAUUGAAGAAUAGCCCACUGCUUCUCAAAGAACUUGUGAAGACUUAUUAUAAGUAUCCAGCUGUAAAGGCUGUAAGAAAUGUUUCCCUUGUCGUAAAAAAUUCUGAAUGCUUUGGAUUAUUUGGAUUAAAUGGAGCUGGAAAAACCACUAUAUUGAAAAUGUUAACUGGAGAUGAGACCAUAAGCUCUGGAGUUGUAUUAAUUGAUGGCAUUAGCCUCAUUGAAAAUAUCAGAAAGGUUAGGUCAAGAAUUGGCUAUUGUCCUCAAUCUAACCCUUUGCUUAACCACCUGACGGGCCGGGAAUUGCUGAUCAUGUAUGCCAGGCUGCAGGGGGUCCCUGAGCCAAAUAUCUGCAAGUAUGUAGAAAUCUUUUUGCUUUCAAUGCACCUAGAAAACCAUGCUGACAAGUUUGUCUACACAUACAGUAAAGAAAACAAACGUAAAUUGAGUACUGUCGUUGCCCUAAUGGGAAAGUCCUCAGUUGUCUUCCUGGAUGAGCCAGCUGCUGGCAUGGACGCCAUUGCCAGGCGCCUGCUCUGGGACACAGUAACAUGGCUGUGUAAAGCUGGCAAGACUGUCAUCAUAACUUCCCACAGCAUGGGAGAAUGUGAGGCCCUUUGUUCCAGGCUGGCAAUCAUGGUAGAGGGGAAGUUCAAGUGCCUCGACAGUCCUCAGCAACUCAAGAACAAGUUUAGUGAUAUAUACACUCUGACAGUAAAGAUUAAGAUUGAUAAGAAUGAAAAUAAGCAAAAGGAGUUCAAAGAAUUCAUUGCAACAACAUUCCCAGGUAACAUUGUAAACCAGGAGUGUCGAGGAAUUAUUUACUACCACAUUCCCAGAAAUGAAAUCUGCUGGGGAAAGGUGUUUAAUAUUUUGGAAGAAGCUAAAGUGCUAUUCAAUUUAGAAGACUAUUCUAUCAGUCAUAUAACACUGGAACAAGUCUUUCUGGCCAUUGCUAAUGUUGAUAAAAUGGAAAGUGAUCAAGGAGUAAAGCUGCUAUAA